UGCCCAUGGCCCUUGUUCACCGCGAUUUUUAAAGAACAGUCAUAGGCAAAGGGAACUUGAAUUGUUUCUCGUUUUUAUUUUACGCUUGGUGGUUCUUACAUAUAUGGAAUUGGCAAAAAGUAGAAAGCUAAGAAAUGCAGAUACGUAUGUGUGCGUCUUAAUAUCACUUUAAUAAAUUUUUAUUUAAUAUUAAAGUACUAAUGUACACAUCUCGUUUCCUACAAAACUACGGAGGUUUCCGUGGGCAGAUUAAUUAAGCCAUUGGUAUCUUAAUCCGCAUCUAGUAAUAUUGAGCCCCAAGAGGCAUUCAAAGGCAUUCUAAAGCUGCAUCCUUUACUUAAAAUUCCUUGUCACAGGAAAAUGGAAGGAGGGUAAUUGAACCCAGCUUUGAAAUCGAAUUAGCUUUCAGCUAUUUGUUCAAAGUGAGCACAACAGUUUAAUUGUGCUUUAGGCAUAUUAAAUAGGGAUAUUGAAGAAAAGAUAAUCAUCCUAAACGUCCAAUGCCAUUUAGUAAAAUAAAAUAUUUUUAAGAUUGGCAGUGUAGUGCAAUUUUGCUAAUUUAAAAAUAUCUCUUCUUAUUUCUGGAAUGAUUUUGAAGAUGAAAGGAAAUAGAACUUCAAGGUCAGUGACUCUGACCUUCUUACCGGCAAGGGGUGUGUUAGAAAGUCAGGGUUUACUAUACUGAUUAACUAUGGAAGACUAUACCAAAAUAGAGAAAAUUGGAGAAGGUACCUAUGGAGUUGUAUAUAAGGGUAGACACAAAACUACAGGUCAAGUGGUGGCCAUGAAGAAAAUCAGACUAGAAAGUGAGGAGGAAGGGGUUCCCAGUACUGCAAUUCGGGAAAUUUCUCUUUUAAAAGAACUUCGUCAUCCAAAUAUAGUCAGUCUUCAGGAUGUGCUUAUGCAGGAUUCCAGGUUGUAUCUCAUCUUUGAAUUCCUUUCCAUGGAUCUCAAGAAAUACUUGGAUUCUAUCCCUCCUGGUCAGUUUAUGGAUUCUUCGCUUGUUAAGAGUUAUUUAUACCAAAUCCUGCAAGGGAUUGUGUUUUGUCACUCUAGAAGAGUUCUACACAGAGACUUAAAACCUCAAAAUCUUUUGAUUGAUGACAAAGGAACAAUUAAACUGGCUGAUUUUGGCCUUGCCAGAGCUUUUGGAAUACCUAUUAGAGUAUACACACAUGAGGUAGUAACACUCUGGUAUAGAUCUCCAGAAGUACUGCUGGGGUCAGCUCGCUACUCAACUCCAGUUGACAUUUGGAGCAUAGGUACCAUAUUUGCAGAAUUAGCAACUAAAAAACCACUUUUCCAUGGAGAUUCAGAAAUCGAUCAACUCUUCAGAAUUUUCAGAGCUUUGGGCACUCCCAAUAAUGAAGUGUGGCCAGAAGUGGAAUCUUUACAGGACUAUAAGAAUACAUUUCCCAAGUGGAAACCAGGAAGCCUGGCAUCCCAUGUCAAAAACUUGGAUGAAAAUGGCUUGGAUCUGCUUUCGAAAAUGUUAGUCUAUGAUCCUGCUAAACGAAUUUCUGGCAAGAUGGCACUGAAUCAUCCUUAUUUUAAUGAUUUGGACAAUCAGAUUAAGAAGAUGUAGCUAUGUGACAAGAGUUUCUACGUGUUGUUUGAACAAAUACUUUUACUGUUAACUCUGUUUUUUUGUGUAUUUUUUUUGUUGUAAAACUUAAGCUAUACUUCAUCUUCAAAUUUCAAGUGUAACUUAAAAAUGUAAAUAUUGUUCUAUAUGAAUUUAAAUAUAAUAAUUCUGUAUAUGUUUAUAGAUCUCACUGUAGCAACUAUUCAUUACUAUAAUAAAACUAUAAAUCUAGUAUUGAUAUCAGGAGUCAGGAAAAAUUUGAGUUAGUUUAAAUCAUCUCAAACCUUAUAGUGGUCUGGUUACCCUAUAGUUGGAAAUACUAAAAUCUAGGGAAGUGUGCUAGGUUCAAAGUUUUAUAAUACUUUGAAGUAUUUUUAUGCCCUGAAUGUUUAAAUUUUGUCAGUUACUUGCCAUGUGGUAACUAUACAACCUGCCUUAAGGUGAUUAUUUUUCUACUGGUAUUUCAGUUUGUGACCUAAAUGUUUAAGCAUUCAGAAUGAGACACCUAUCCAAAUUUGAGAAACAAUGUCAUAUUUAUAGAGGUUUUUCAGUAACUUGGAGAGUGUGCCAAAGUUUGCUGAAUUUUACAGUCAAAGAUCAAGCACUGUCCACAGCAGGAAAGAACAGUUUAGAAAAUUUAUGAACUAUCCUAUUUUUAGGUAGGUUAUGAAAGAUGUUUGUCUAAGUGAAUUCUUGUGCUGUGGUCAGAGGUAACCUUACAAAGGAGUUACUUAACAUGGCUUUCAGGUCUGACUUAAAAAUUCUAUUUGCAAGUUUUGACAUAGUUUUGUUUAAUUAGCAGCCUUUUAGAAGUUUCUAAUGGGCAAGUAUUUAGCUAAAAUCACUAGCUUUGGGAAUUGUUUAAUCAAUAAUGCUGCUCAUUGUGAGCCUAAUUUAAAAUAACUUUUUACAGCCAAGAGAAAUGUCUAUAAAAAUAGUGUAUCGUUAGUGUACAUCUAUUCAUUGUCUAACCACAUACCCUCUAUUUUCCCUCCUGGUUAUCUGUGGCUAGAAUGGGCAUUCCUGUUUUUUGAUUAUUGAUCCUUAGGCUCAAUUGAUUGUAUAUGUAAUGGGUGAUCUACCUAACGUAUGUUAUCUUGGAAUUUUUGCACAAAGUGUGAGUCACUUUGUUUGGCAAUGGGACUUGCAGGGUGAGAGGCUUGGUGGCCUUGUUCUAGGUCCUUUAAUGGAAGCCAGCCUGCAAUGAGAAUGCAGAGCCUGAAGGAUGAAAGUCAUCUGGGGUCAUAUUGUAGAGAAUUAUUAAGAUUUUUAUGGUGGGAAUUUGGUAAAUGAAAAGUCACACAGAGGAUUUCACUGAGAUGGACUACAGACUUGUGUUUUCUUACAUAUGAAGUGAAGUGUUAAAGUGGGCCUGUUUUUCAAAUUGGAUUGCAACCCUUUAGUGGUUCCAGACCUGCAUUAAUUGCCAGCCUCAUUCUGCACACCAUAUACCCCCCCACACACACUGCCAUGUAGAAUAGAAAGUAUUAGUGUCUUCUAUAAUUAUUUCUUGGUACUUUUGUUUCAGUAAUAUGUAGAUUAUAGGUGUGAAAAAUAAGGCCUUGUGGAUUUGGUAGAAGCAGCAUGCAACCUCAGUGUCAUUGCUACAUGGAAUUUAAUUGGAAAGUCAGUUAGUCAACUUAGAACCUACCUGAUGGGCCGGGGAAAUGAGAUCAGAGAGCACUCAGUAGUAGUGAUAAUGCGGGACCUAUUGUUAGUCCUGCUCCACAUAUUUGUGUAGUCUUAUAUGAAGUGUUUAUGUCAGCUUCAAAGAUUUGGUGAAAAGCUACUUUACUGGGUCCAUACCUUAUGCAUAUUUUUUAAUUGGCCUGUGCUGUGGUGCUUCUGAUUAUUUUAGAAGCUUGUCUCUAGGCCAGUAGUUCUUAAUCUGCUAGAAACACCGGAGAUUAACUCUGGACCUACCCUGAACAUUUCAAAAAUUAAAAAUUGAGAAAUGUAUCCCAGGAAACUAUUUUUUCAAAAGUUCCCCAAGCUGAUCCUGAUGCAGCCAGUUCUCACCAGUUGGUGGCGAGUUUAACAACUUUGGACCUCUAUCUAUCUAAUUUUAGAUGUCUUAAAACUUCAUGGCAUCAUGUAAUAUCUUUACCUUGUUCUAUUUGUGUUCCAGUCUGUACUCUUUAGUGAGGGGAGAAGGCUAUAUAUUUCAUCACUAAUGUGACUUUUAUAUACUUGAGCAUAGCACUGUGACAAUUGCUCUGUCUUAACGUUGUCUUUCGAGGAGGGUUUAAAAUUUUUCAAUUUAAAUGUAAAAGUAAUGAUGCUGAGAAGUUAAUACAUAAUAUACAAUAAAAUCAUAAUUUAUAUGUGGA